GCACCUUGCUCCGCUUCUUCCCCAAGGCCCCCGCGGCCUCCGCCGCCGCCCCGGCCCCGGCCCCGGCGCCGUCCGUGGCCGACACACGCCGCCGGGCCUCGGGCGAGCAGAACGGGCGCGAUGCGGCCGCGAGCUGCGCUGGCGCGGCAGGCAGACCCGCGACGCGGCGCAAGGAGGCGGCGGAGAAAGGCGGAGGGGACGGAGCGGCCGCCCAGGCCCCCGGUGUGUCCUGUGAUUUUUCACCUGGUGACUUAGUUUGGGCCAAGAUGGAAGGUUACCCUUGGUGGCCAUGUCUCGUAUACAACCACCCAACUGAAGGAACAAUAGUCAGAGGAAAAGGGAAAUCUGCUCGUAUCCAUGUACAGUUUUUUGAUGACAGUCCCACAAGGGGCUGGGUCAGUAUUAAAUACAUGAAGCCAUAUAAAGGUUCAUCAGGUAGGGAGGCACUGAAGGGAGGUAUGUUUUAUAGUACAAAGCCUGAAAUUAGAAGAGCAAUGAUGCUAGCGGAUGAUGCAAUGAGUAAAGGUAAAACUAAGCGGCUUGAGCUGGCAGUUUGCAAUGAACCUUCAGACACUGAGGAGGAGGAGGAGGAGGAGGAAGAAAUGGAGGAGAUGAGUGAAAGUGCAUCAGGCAACAGUGAUGAUUGCAAUAGCGAGGAGGAUGUGAAGACCAAUAAACGAGUAGUGAAUACUGGGAGAAGCGCUGUAAAAGCCAAAAGAAGAAGAGUUUUGGAUUCUGACAGUGAUCAGGAUGGUUCUGAUGUAGAGUUCAAGCCUGAUGUGAAAGAAACAACAAGCAGUGAGGAAGCUAGUAGUGGGGUGGAUGAAAAUGAAUCUACUGACACAGAGAUGGACACAGAGAGCAUUGCAGAAAGUCCCAUUAAAGUCCCUUCUAAGCGAAAGAGAAAAGAUGCAAGCAAGCCUGCUAAAAGGAAUAGCUUAGGAAACGGAUGUUCUGAAACACCCAAAAGAGCAGCAGUAGUUUCUUUAGAAGCUAAAUCUAAGCUAACAUCUUUCGCAGCACCUGAAAGUUUUGAAUCAAAUGCUUGCAGUGGAGGAACUGGUGGCUUUGCAGUAUGGGAACAUGAAAAGCUUGACUGGCUGCAGGAAGGGAAAAGGAAAGAUGCACGCAGGAGAAGACAAGGUGAUCCUGAUUACGAUCCGUGUACUCUUUAUGUACCUGAGGACUAUCUUAACAAGUGUACACCAGGAAUGCGGAGGUGGUGGCAGCUGAAAAGUCAAAACUUUGAUGCUGUGAUUUUUUACAAAGUUGGAAAAUUCUAUGAGUUGUAUCAUAUGGAUGCAGUCACUGCUGUGAAUGAAUUGGGCCUGAUAUUCAUGAAAGGCACUUGGGCCCAUUCAGGUUUUCCAGAAACUGCGUUUGGCAGAUUUUCAGAUGUUCUAGUACAGAAGGGCUACAAGGUAGCCCGCGUUGAGCAAACAGAAACCCCUGAAAUGAUGGAAGCACGCUGUAAAUCAAUGGCUCACCCAACAAAAUUUGACAAGGUUGUACGCCGAGAAAUAUGUAGAAUUAUUACUAAAGGGACUCAGACUUACAGUGUUCUGGAUUGUGAUCCAUCUGAGAACCAUAACAAAUACCUUCUGUGCAUUAAAGAAAAAGAAGACUCCUCUGGACAUCGUGUAUAUGGGGUUUGUUUUGUUGACACGUCAGUAGGGAAGUUUUACAUAGGCCAGUUCUCAGAUGACCGGCACUGUUCGAGGUUUAGAACUUUAGUAGCACAUUACACUCCUGUGCAGGUACUGUUUGAGAAAGGCAACCUUUCUGUGGACACACAGAAGAUACUGAAAGGCUCGCUUGUUUCUUGCAUUCAGGAAGGGUUGAUCUCUGGUUCACAGUUCUGGAAUGCAUCUAAAACACUAAAAGUUCUUCUUGAGGAAGAAUAUUUCAAGGAGAAACAGAACUCUGAUAAUGGAUGUUCUCUGCCCUCUGUAAUCAAAUUUAUGACUUCAGAGAGUGAUUCACUGGGAUUAACUCCUGGUGAGAAUAGUGAAUUAGCUCUGUCAGCUCUUGGGGGAUGUAUCUUCUAUCUCAAAAGAUGUUUGAUUGAUCAGGAGCUGUUAUCAUUGGGAAACUUUGAGGAGUAUGUGCCUGUGGAUAUUGAUAUUGCAAAAACUACAAGUUGGAGUAGUUUCUUUGCCAAAACUGACCAACGGAUGGUGCUGGAUGGAGUCACCCUAAUGAACUUGGAAGUCCUGCAGAAUGGAACUAAUGGAACCACAGAAGGUACUUUGUUGGAAAGGAUUGACUCAUGUUGCACACCAUUUGGAAAGCGGCUCCUGAAACAGUGGCUCUGUGCUCCUCUCUGUAAUCCUAAAUCCAUCAAUGAUCGUUUAGAUGCUGUUGAAGACCUUUUGGCAGUGCCUGAUAAAGUGUCUGAAGUCAGUGAGCACCUGAAGAAACUUCCUGACCUCGAAAGACUACUCAGCAAAAUUCACGGUAUUGGAUCACCACUUAAAAGUCAGAACCAUCCUGACAGCAGGGCCAUCUUUUAUGAAGAAGUCAAGUACAGCAAAAAAAAGAUUGCUGAUUUUUUGUCUACGUUGGAGGGGUUUAAAGUAAUGAAUGAAAUUGUAGAUACCAUGGAAGAAGUUGCCAGUGACUUCAAAUCUAGAGUACUCAAGCAGCUAGUCACCCACAAAGCCAGAAAUCCGGAGGGCCGUUUUCCAGACUUAAAUGCAGAACUUAAGAGGUGGGAUACUGCUUUUGAUCAUAACCAGGCUCGAAAGACAGGAGUGAUUACUCCAAAGACAGGCUUUGACCCCGAAUAUGAUAAAGCACUACAGGAUAUUAAAGCUGUAGAGGAAGAUCUUCAUGAGUAUCUAGAUAAACAACGCAAACUGCUUGGAUUCAAAUCCAUGAUGUACUGGGGGGCAGGCAAAAAUCGAUACCAAAUAGAAAUACCAGAAAGUGCGAUAUCACGUAAUUUGCCUGAGGAAUAUGAGUUGAAGUCAACCAGGAAGGGAUAUAAACGUUACUGGACGAAGGAGAUUGAGAAGAUGCUGGCUGCCAUGGUUAAUGCUGAAGAAAGGAGAGAUGCAGCACUAAAAGACUGUAUGAGGCGUUUGUUUUACAACUUUGAUAAAAAUAACAAAGACUGGCAGACAGCAGUAGAAUGCAUUGCUGUGUUAGAUGUCCUGAUGUCCCUUGCUAGCUACAGUCAAGAUGGUGAUGGACCACUGUGCCGACCUAUAAUUUUGCUGCCCAUGGAUAGUACUCCUCCAUUCCUGGAACUUAAAAAUUCACGCCAUCCAUGUAUUACAAGAACUUUUUUUGGAGAUGAUUUUAUUCCUAAUGACAUCAUGAUAGGCUGCAAAGAUGAAGAUAGUAGUCGUGAAGCUUCCUGUGUGUUAGUAACUGGCCCAAAUAUGGGUGGCAAAUCUACACUUAUGCGACAGGCUGGUCUCUUGGCUAUAAUGGCUCAGUUGGGAUGUUAUGUACCUGCUGAAGUCUGCAGGCUUACACCUAUUGACAGAGUAUUUACAAGACUGGGUGCCUCAGACAGAAUUAUGUCAGGUGAAAGUACCUUCUUUGUUGAGUUGAGCGAGACUUCCAGCAUACUCCAGCAUGCAACAGAACAUUCCCUUGUUCUUGUGGAUGAACUAGGUAGAGGCACAGCUACUUUUGAUGGAACAGCUAUCGCGAGUGCAGUUGUUAAAGAACUUGCAGAGAAAAUCAAGUGUCGAACUUUGUUUUCCACACAUUACCAUUCACUAGUAGAGGAUUAUUCACACAGUGCUGCUGUGCGCCUUGGUCACAUGGCAUGUAUGGUUGAAAAUGAGAGUGAAGAUCCAAGCCAGGAAACUAUUACAUUCCUGUACAAAUUCGUCGAAGGAGUAUGUCCAAAAAGCUAUGGCUUCAAUGCAGCAAAACUUGCUAAUAUUCCAGAUGAGGUUGUUCAGAAGGGGCACAGAAAAGCAAAAGAGUUUGAAAAAAUGACAAUUUCACUGAGAAUAUUUAGGUAUCUCUGCUUGGUGGUAGAUGAUGCAACGAGUGAUGAUAAUGCUGUUCAGAAACUUACCACUAUGAUCAGUCAUCUUUAAAAACAAUGCUGUUAUUUGUAGUGGCGGUUUCUCAAAAAGGUGGUAUGAGACAACAUUAUGAUCUAAUAAACUUUAUUUUUUAAAAAUGA